CCCAGUUAUCAUUCCCUCAGUGGCGCUUCACUACCGACUCUCCCACCCACCUGUCCAUCCCUACCUGGAAACACUACGUUUUUUUCAAAACACCUCUAAAGAAAACGAAAAUGGCAAGCAGCUUCUCGAGAAUCCUGUCCUCCAAACGGAGCAUCGGGAUCCUGUCGGUGGUGGGGGGCUCAGUAACGGCUGGGUUUCUGCUGCACCGGGAGCAUGUCAGCGCCGGAGUGCCUGUACGGAGGAGGUACCCCGCCAGUGCGGAGUACCCUGACCUGCGCAAACACAACAACUGCAUGGCAAGUAACCUGACACCUGCCAUCUAUGCCAAGCUGUGUGAUAAGGCCACUCCCAACGGUUACACGCUGGACCAGGCCAUCCAGACAGGCGUGGACAACCCUGGGCACCCCUUCAUCAAGACUGUUGGCAUGGUGGCAGGAGACGAGGAGUCCUACGAGGUAUUUGGAGAACUGCUCAACCCUAUAAUCAAAGAGAGGCACAACGGCUAUGACCCUGACACCAUGAAACACCCCACAGACCUGGACUCUAGCAAGAUCCAUUCGGGUCAAUUUGACGAUCGUUAUGUGCUGUCGUCCAGAGUGAGAACAGGCCGCAGUAUCCGAGGGCUGAGCCUGCCCCCCGCCUGCACUCGGGCAGAGCGCAGGGAGGUGGAGAGGGUGGUGGUGGACGCCCUCGCCGGUCUGAAGGAUGACCUGACUGGGAGGUACUACAGUCUCACCCAAAUGACAGACGAGGAACAGCAACAGCUCAUUGAUGACCACUUCCUGUUUGAUAAGCCUGUGUCACCCCUCCUGACCUGUGCAGGCAUGGCUCGUGACUGGCCAGAUGCCCGUGGGAUCUGGCACAAUGACGAGAAGACAUUCCUUAUUUGGAUCAAUGAGGAGGAUCACACCAGGGUCAUUUCCAUGGAGAAGGGAGGGAACAUGAAGAGAGUCUUUGAUAGGUUCUGCAGAGGCCUCAAGGAGGUCGAGCGUCUGAUCCAGGAGAAAGGCUGGGAGUUCAUGUGGAACGAGAAACUUGGUUACAUCCUCACCUGCCCCUCCAACCUGGGCACAGGGCUCAGGGCCGGGGUCCACGUCAAACUUCCCCUGAUGAGCAAGGAUCCCCGCUUCAGUAAGAUCUUGAGCAACCUGCGUCUGCAGAAGCGAGGGACAGGUGGUGUGGACACCGCUGCUGUAGGCGGUGUGUUUGACAUCUCCAACCUGGACCGCCUGGGACAGUCUGAGGUCCAGCUGGUGCAGACAGUGAUUGAUGGCAUCAACUACCUAAUUGAGUGUGAGAAGAGACUGGAGAAAAAACAGGACAUCAAGGUGCCCCCACCCCUUAAGCAGUUCAAGUAGACACUGAUCCCUGACCUCACCAUACAAACCUCUGGGCACACACACAUGCACAAACACUCUGCUCUGUGCCCAUAGAUAUUAUAAAUAUCUAUGUCAUCGACGCAUUUAUUACCACUACUUAUUUAAUCACCCCCUCCCUGCCCUCCCAGUAUACCUCUCUAUAAUAUAAUCUACAUAUAUUAUGCGCAGCUAUCUGGCUGGAGUCCCAUUGAGCUUAAGUGUGGUUUCAGAUGCAUUUGAAGGGUUUUUAUCUUCAAACUUCAAACCUGGCUCUAAAAUGGCAGAGAGAUUAAUGAAGGAUGCACAAACUGUAGGCUGUUGUAACAGAACAAAGAUGGACACCAGUCUGCCUUUCUCUGCAUGGCCAAACAGUAUUUAUGGCUCUGCUCCCAAAGCACUCCCCAGCCCACUAAACCUGGCUUUACCCUGCCUCAGUCCCUUCCUGCCGCAUGUCCUGUGCUCAGCCUGUCUCUUCCCCUCAUUCCUGUGUGUUGAUUGGUCAUUCCUACUAUGCGUUGCUUGUAAAGUCCAUCCAUUUGUGCUAUACUUUCCAUUGAAGAUUUUGUGUACUCGGUUUCUUUUUACCAUUUUGAGUGGAUUUGAAUGUAGUAUAACAGCUUAAAGCUGAAGAGACGUAUGUUCUCCAGAAGAUUUGUAUGUUUGAUGACACACUGGUGUCAAAAUGUAAUAUUAUUACAUACACUGGCCAGGCUGGGUUCUGUACUGUAAGAUACUGAAGCAAUAUCAUUCCAGCUCAUCACUGAAUGUCACAUAUUAAUGUCUUUUAUUAAAGAAAUCCUCUGUUUAACAGUA